AUGGCAGAAAACAAUACAACAAGAGAAGUUCCGAGUGUCAUGGAAAUCUUUUUGCCACCAAUCCUAAUGCUGGUUUCAUGUUCAUUCGGCGUUUGUAUCUUGCUGGUUUGCCGGUUCGAAAGAUUUGUCAAACGAUUGAGAUCCAAACACAGUACUACCAAUAAAGAUUUCGAGGUUUACCAUAUUGAGACAUUCUCAAGCCAACAGACAGUGGACCUAUCAAAAUACAAACACAACGUUUCCAGUGUCUCAUUUCUUUCAAACUUUGAUCUGGAGGUACUAAAAGCCCUUCAAAGCUUUUCAAAUAGACCUUCAGAAUUACUUAGAAUAGGCCUUCCAGCCGUAGUAACCAUAUGUCUAGGACCGUUUGCUAUGCUUUUCUAUCACUCUACAACAGAGUUCUUUUGGCCAAAGGAUAAGUAUCCUCAGCUCCCCAACAAUAACCAGUGUGUUUCCUGCUUUUUGACUCCUGCCGGACUUGUCUAUGCCAUCUCUUUUGGUUUUGCCUUUUCUUCAGCUCUUGCAAAGCAAAGUGACAUUCUAACAAAGGUGACAGAAGAAAUCAGCUUCAUUGACCAAGCAGCUACUUUAACGAGUAAGCUUAAGUUUGCUAACAAUAAAAUCCGAAUGGAAAUUUACCAUGCCAUCAAAUGUGAAGCGAUCUACAUGAUGUUACAGAUUGAGAAUAGGAAGGCGUCAUCAUUUGUCAACAAGCCAACUGUUGAUAUUAAAGUUGCAAUAUGGGAAGUCCUUGGUUUACUUCAAAAUAAAAAUCAUUCAGACGACCAUCAUGUUGAUGACGUCAUGAAAAAAUACCUAAUAGAUUAUAUAUCUAGACUCAACAAUAUAUGUUCGGAUGACCUCAGUGUUCUACAUUCAAGGACUCAUUGGUUGAUGUGGGUGUUCCUCAUAACCCUGGGUUUCUUCUCUCUCUAUGGCGUGUUACUGAUCCAGGCGUCAUCCUAUCGUAUGGAGCUGAUGAUGUGUACUUUGACACUUUUCUCCAUUAGCAUGCUUUGUUACAUCGUCUCUGAUCUAGAUUCUCCAUUUUCCGGUUUCUUCCGUAUCGACAUUUCUAUCAUUGUUGACGUCAUAUACAGGUUAGAGGUCAUGCACAAGAUGACGUCACUCGGAUUUGAGGAGACUGUUUGUUAUCCUGACAGUUCACGUUUUCAGCAGAAGAGAUAUAACAGCAAGGCGGAUAUGAAUGAUACUGUGUAUAUAAAUUCAGAAGAGAUAUAA